GUAAAAAUUGAAAUGGCUAAUAGCCGUUGGAAUGAGGAAACAACUUUGAAAUUUGUUCAAUUGUACCGCGAACAUGAAAACCUUUGGAACAUGUUUGUUCCUGAAUAUCGAAAUCGUGAUACCAGAAGUGCGUCAAUGCAAUUUAUUGGUAGGGAAUUAAAUAUUCCCAACUUCACUAUGAAAGACGUACCAAAAAAAAUAAAAUCUUUGCGGUCAACAUACUAUUUAGAACUUGCGAAAGUUGAAAAAAGUAAGGCUAGUGGCGGAGGCACUAGUUUUGUUUACAAACCUCUAGUACCGUGGUAUACUGAUAUGAGCUAUAUUAUUAAUACAGCAACGGUGAAAGGAAAAGAAACCGACAGUAAUUUGGAAAUCGGAACCCAAAACACAAUUAAAGACAAUGAUGACACCACUUCAAACUUAAAUAAUGAAGAAGCUGUUGAUGAUGAUUUAAUUGAUAAUAGUGCAACAGUGUCACAUGUUGAACAAUUAGAAAAUACUCUUAGAAGUGAAAAUACUACAUUUAAUCUGCCAUCGCGUUCAAAACUUAGAGGAAAGAGAAGAUUGGAGGUCAUAACUGACGCUGUACAAGAUUUAAAAAAUUUGAAUCAAUCAAUGAACCCAUCAACAACAGCUAGGGAAGACGAGUGUGAUGUCAUAGGUAAACAUAUAGCUAUUAAAUUGCGUGAGCUAAUAGAAUACGACAGAGUACUAGCAAACUUUGACAUUCAAAAAAUUCUUAUGAAUUACCGGUUGGAAAACAUGAACAGGCAAUCAUUAUCAUCAUCAUCAAUAACUACAUUUCCCAUGCCUAAUAGUACUGCUUCUACUAUAGAAUCAAUUCCAUGCACACCAGAGACAAAUUCAAGUGAACAAAGUACUACUAGAGACAUUAUAAAUUCAGCUAUGGUUUAUAGUGAUGUAGGUUCUGAAUUUUAUAGAUCCAGUGUUUGAUGAUUUAUUUUUAUUAUUACAAUUUGUUAAAAUUGUGAUUUCAUUUAUUUGUUUUUAUUAUUACAAUUUGUUGUAAAGGUUAAUCAUUUAUGUUAUUAUUA